AUGGAAAUGCAAACGGCUUUUCCGUCAAAGAAACAGUGUGUCAGCAAAGCAGCGGAUCUAGAGUUCAGCAAAGAUCCCAAUUUUAACUUCAGCUCGAACGUUCCAGCCGAUGGUGUCUUCAAAGGGUUGCCCAAAUCUGCCAAGAAAGUGGAACCACUUUCCAAGAAGACAGCUGCAAGGGGACCUCUCAACAGAUACAAACUAGAAGCAGAGCUGAAGACCAAGAAUCAGCUGUUAGAAACAGCCAAACAGCAGCUACACUCCAGACUAACAGGAGCACAGGGCACUAUAAAGGAGUUAAAGGAGGAGAAUGAAGGCCUGGUGCAAGAAGUUGAGAAGCUCAAGAAACUGCAGGAGACUUGCCUGCUGAUUUUAGAAAGCAGGAACAUCGAUCCUGUAACAGGGAACAGCAUCUUGGAAGAAGAGGAAAAGAAAAAGGAAUGCCAGAAGCAGACAACGCUGUUGACUGAGAAGCUUAUAGAAGAGUUGAGGCUAUUUAAUCAAACAGCUGCAAAAGAAAAGGAGGUGCUUCAGGCAGCGAUGGCAAAGUGGAAAUCGGCCGAAGAAAAGAGACAGCAGUCCCUGGAGAAGCAUUCCACCUUUCAGGCAGAACUUAAGGAAUGUUCAGCAGUACUUGAUGAGCUGGAGCAGCUCCUGUCUAUGUGAGGCACAAGGAUGGACUGUA